CACCUUCACUCUUUUUCAGUCUCGCUCCCAUUCUCGGAGCUUCUUCUCAUUUUCUCUCUCCUCAAAUUCAUCUUCUUCCUUCGUCUGAUCCCAUCACCAGUUCACAGCAAUGGCGUUGGCGUUCGACGAGUUCGGACGGCCCUUCAUAAUUCUAAGGGAGCAAGAAAACAAGACUCGUUUGAGAGGUUUAGAGGCUCAGAAAUCCAACAUUUCCGCCGGUAAAGCCGUCGCUCGCAUCCUCCGUUCUUCGCUUGGUCCUAAAGGCAUGGACAAGAUGCUCCAGUCCCCCGACGGCGACAUUACUAUCACAAAUGAUGGUGCUACUAUCUUGGAGCAGAUGGAUGUUGACAACCCAAUUGCAAAGUUGAUGGUUGAGUUGUCUUGUAGUCAGGAUUAUGAAAUUGGUGAUGGCACUACUGGAGUAGUUGUCAUGGCUGGUUCCCUUUUAGAACAGGCUGAAAAUCUCUUAGAUCGUGGCAUUCAUCCUAUUAGAAUAGCAGAAGGAUAUGAAGUGGCUUCUCGGAUUGCUGUUGAACAUUUGGAAAAAAUCGCACAUAAAUUUGAAUUUGGAAAAUCAAAUGUUGAGCCGUUGAUCCAGACAUGCAUGACUACUUUGUCCUCGAAAAUUGUAAAUCGCUGUAAGCGCAGUUUGGCUGAGAUUGCGGUUAAUGCCGUUAUGGCCGUUGCAGACUUGGAGCGGAGGGAUGUUAAUCUUGAUCUAAUUAAAGUGGAGGGUAAAGUGGGAGGUAAACUUGAAGAUACUGAACUCAUCUAUGGUAUUGUGGUGGACAAGGACAUGAGCCAUCCCCAAAUGCCGAAGCAAAUUCAAGAUGCUAAUAUAGCAAUUUUAACUUGCCCAUUUGAGCCACCUAAGCCAAAAACCAAGCAUAAGGUUGACAUUGACACUGUGGAGAAGUUUGAGACAUUACGUAAACAAGAGCAGCAGUACUUUGAUAAAAUGGUUCAACAGUGCAAGGAUGUCGGUGCAACCUUGGUUAUCUGUCAAUGGGGAUUCGAUGAUGAAGCAAAUCAUUUGUUAAUGCAUAGGAAUCUGCCUGCUGUCAGAUGGGUUGGUGGUGUUGAGCUGGAACUUAUUGCAAUUGCCACAGGUGGAAGAAUUGUCCCAAGGUUUCAAGAACUGACCCCUGAAAAGCUGGGACGGGCUGGGUUGGUUCGUGAGAAAGCUUUUGGUACAACAAAAGACCGAAUGCUGUACAUUGAACAUUGUGCCAAUUCUAAGGCAGUAACCAUAUUCAUCCGUGGUGGUAACAAAAUGAUGAUUGAAGAGACAAAGAGAAGCAUCCACGAUGCACUUUGUGUUGCAAGAAACCUUAUCCGCAACAAUUCUAUUGUGUAUGGUGGUGGAUCUGCUGAAAUUGCUUGCUCUCUUGCUGUAGAGGCAGGUGCUGACCGAUUCCCAGGAGUUGAACAGUAUGCCAUCAGGGCCUUUGCUGAAUCUCUAGAUGCAGUUCCCAUGGCACUUGCGGAAAACAGUGGUCUUCAGCCUAUUGAAACACUGUCUGCAGUAAAACAUCAGCAAGUCAAGGACAACAAUACUACCUAUGGCAUAGAUUGCAAUGACGUUGGCACAACGGACAUGCGUGAGCAGAAUGUAUUCGAGACCUUGAUUGGGAAGCAGCAACAGAUUUUGCUAGCCACCCAGGUUGUGAAGAUGAUUUUGAAGAUAGACGAUGUCAUAACUCCUUCAGAAUUUUGAUAGUAUGUAAUCUAGGUUAUGUUGUGUGAGUUCAGUCAGUUGUUCGCAUUUGUGGUUGGAAACAGAAUAUUUCUCAUGUUGAUUCGAAACUCUGUUACCCCUAAAUUUUGUAUGGUGAAUCAUUUGUAGUGUUUUCUACUGAGGUUUCGCAGUUUGACUGCGUUUUUGGUUUAAUAUAGAUGUUUGUUUUUCGUGUUA